AUGGGAGGCAGCCUGGAAGAGGACCAAUCCACAUCCUCCAGUGAUUUGGAGGACCUGCCCAGCUAUGGUUUCCUCAGAGCUGGAUGCAGUCAGUCAGAUGGCAUUCAAAGAAAGCCAGCUGAUGUGAUGGUUAUUGACAGUUUGGACUUUGAGGCCCCAUCUCUACUGCCUGCAGCAGCAGCAGCAGUAGGAGGAGGGGGGCAAAAGGACAUCAUGAUGGUAAGCAGCGAGAGUGAGGAGGAGGAAGUUUACGUACCACUUGCAGUGAGGCUGCGGCGGCACCUUGGAGGUUCGACUACAUCUUCCCCCAUCCUGGAGCCUGGACAGACCCUUCAAACCUUUGCAGGCCAGCCCAGCACAUCUGCUUUGCAACAUCAGCAUAACAGCAGCUCAGAGCUAGUUGUCCAAGGAUUUGGGCUGUUCAUGGAGACAACCACCUCUUCUCCCAAGAAGAAGGCAGCGAAACGCACCAUGGCAGAGAUAAAGGCACAUAGGGAGGAUGCCCUGAAGACGAGGGUGAACAAGGAGACGCACAGGCUGGAGCUGGAGAGGCAGAGAGCUGAGAAGAAGGCUCUUACGGAUGCCGCUAAGGCUAUAAGGCCUAAGGAGUGCAUCAAGCAUAUGGUGGUGUCCGUGGAUCCAGCUCUGUUGCAACUUGAGGGUGGGGGGGCACUCUUGACAUCUCUCCAGGCCCUGGGCUGCAGUUGUGCUAUCGAGAAACAGAUUGUCCCCCGCAGUGUGACCUGGACCAGGAGAACUCCUAGUGCACAGGCUGGAGAGGAACACCGGGCUCUGCAGUCUCAUGCAGUUAUUCAUGUGCCAGUAAAUGACUUCAUCAGCAUGGUCCACAACUACAACCAGGAGCAGAGAGGUGUUGCAGUUGACUGUGGUCAGACUUUGACAGGCUGGACUUGCCUUCUUCUGGCCCAGAGCACUGGCCAUAACCCUAGCUUGGCUGUUAUUGACAUAGAGAAAUACUUCAGAUCACAGAAGUCACAGAAUCAGAGGAAGUACCGUGAAGCAGUUCAAGGAAAUGACCUGACAGCUGCUUCGGGGAAAGGAAAGAAGAAGAAGGAGGGAUGUGAGAAGCUUCCAGAUGUGUCCCGUGUGGCCGUAGAAGAGGCCCUGGUGGAUCUGCAGCUGCGUACUGGGGUACAAGUGCAUUUCCUGGCAACCUGGAAGGACUUCUGUGAUUACAUCGCAAUGUCAACCAAGGCAGUUGCAGAGGCACCUUUCAAGAGGGAGCGGGAGAAGAACUGCUUCAGCUUCUGCUUGGAGAGUGAAUGGGCAGGGGGUCAGCGGGUGGACCGGAAUGGGAAGGGUCUGUUGCAGGUGUGGAAGCGCCAGAUCCAGCAGCUGAACCGGGUCAGUCUGGACAUGGCCAGUGCUAUUGUCACAGCUUACCCUUCCCCACAACUGCUGACUGAGGCCUAUGGCAGGUGCAGGUCAGACCGUGAGAAAGCAUUGCUCCUCUCGGACCUGUUGAUUCGCCGCGGAGAGGGCGUGACCUCCACGACUCGCAGGAUUGGCCCAGAGCUCUCGAAACGUCUCUCCUGGUUGAUGACAUCAUCAAACCCCGAGCAGGUUCUUGACUCCAUGAGCUGAGAACAGGUGGGAAUAGGUGCCAUAUAUAAUGUUGUAGCAGUACUCCAUUUAAAAUGGUGUGGCACUGAAACUGUUGUUUUAAUCUUCUUUUU